GUGCAGAACCUGCGAAAAAGGGAAAAAAUUCUCAGUUUGCACCGAAAGGUUUUCUCAAUCGGACGCGAGAAACGGGGCGGAUUUAUACGGUUUGUGGAAUUUGUUUUGCUAUCCUCGGUAAUUUUGUGCGUUUAUCCUAAGCGGACUAUUGAUAGUUCGCAAGCACGCACGGUUUUCUGCAAAGAUAGAUCGAUCGAUCGAUCGACGAAAGUUUUCCGGGACCAGCCGCUAGAAGAGAAAGAGAGCGAAACACUGGCAUAGAACUGACAGAAUGUUGUAAACAUUAAAUUGUGUUUCAUUUGUUUUUUCGGUUACAGCACGGUUCUCGUUCAAAACCACGGAACGCAAUAAACGGUGAAGAACCCGUCUGGUCGCGAUUUGGAAGUUGAAACUUCCAUAAACCCCUGUUCCACCGAACCUCCCCCUCCUCCUCCGGUCCCUGCUCGUCGUCGUGAUUCACGCUAACGUCUCAUGAAUUAAUAAAUUAUCGAGACCUGUGUCGGUGGUUUCGUGGCCCGGGUCCGCGUUCGGUCGGUCGCGCGGUAGAGCAGAAGCGAGUGCAUAAGCAAAAAAAAAGAGAUAAAUAAAGUGAUCUGGUUGAGAAUCGAGCGACGAUCUGGAAGGAAGCGUACUGUGCACUGUAAGCAAGCAGCAAGAGGAGGAAGAAGAAGAAUAAGAAGGAGCAUGAAAAAUGAUGCAAUUAUAUAAUUAAGAAGUUUGAAAUAUUUCUGUGUGUGUGAUGUGAGCAGAAGGAGAGUUCUUUCGAAGGUAUUAUUAUUUUCCACGGUCUCAGGUUUCGCGUUUUUUUUUGUUUGUUGUGUGUUUUACCUACAUCGAAGACUCGUGGAUCUCGUGGAAGAUCGAUAUCGGAGAAACGCACUUCCACCUCCGUCAGCCAGAUCGCACUGGCCGAUAAUAUGGCGUCGGUGGAGUUCCGGCUGUCAGUCGCCUUGAUGGUUGCUUUAUUGAUAGCGUGCUUGUUGAUCACAGUAAGCAAUGCAGCAAUUCCGUCACCGUCGGUGGAGCGCAAUAACGUUCCAAAAGCGACUAGAAAAGUGCCAACAGUCAACCAUUCGCCAACGGUGCCGCCGGUAGAAAGCCCAUCGAAAAAACCAUGCCGGGAGGUGUGCUUGGAAAAGCACGCAACAAAGCAAUCACUCUGCUUCCAGCAAAAGAACUGCACAACGUGCCAGGAAAAAUGUGCCACCAAAGCGACCAAAGCGACCCCAACUUUGGACAACGGUCAUCAUCUGUCCCUGGUGCUGCUGGAGAUGAUCCGCAACGAAUCGCUGGUGACGGCGGACGUAGCCUGGAUCAGUGUGGCCAACAACGGGUUCGGACCGGGCCACAGGAGCAGCACCACCAGCAGCAACAGUUCCUCAAUGCCAUCCCGAGAUCCGCAUCAAUGUUUGGUUACGUGGGAAGUGUCCGGCGGUGGCCUAAUGGGCAAUCUGCUAACCGAAUCCACCAGUGCCCAGCUGUCCCUUUGGCCCGAAACGAACUACCGGGUGCAGGUCACCUGUCGAAAUAAGCACACCGACAUCCUGGUCCGUUCCGCACCGAUCGUCCUCAACACGUCGGACGCUACCGUGGUGCCGGGGAUAGCGAUGACGGGGACGACAACUUCCAGCAACUUCCAGCCGAGUGCGGUAGCCGACGACGAGAAGGAUGCUGCUCUGCUGAGCCGUCUGCAGGAAGUGGACACGGAUCCGGAAUCGAACUCCGUCUCCGUGCGAGCUCAGCUGGCCGUUUGGCCAAUCUCCCGCGAAAGCCAGCAGGAAAUCAUUCUACUCGGAGUGUUUGUGGCACUGCUCACGUUUCUGCUGAUCCUGCUGACGGUGGUCAUCUUCAUCAAACGGAAAGCACCGUCCGCGUCGGAAAAGGAAGAACUGGUCGAAAAUGAAGCGCUGGCGGAGGUUUUACACCUUUGAGACGCAGGAUUGGACCGAAUUCCAGAGUUGCCGUCAGUAGGUUUUAACAACUGAAUAGGUUAGAGUGUGACUUUUACGGAUGUUGCUGAUUGUUGCCUUAUUUUUUUUUCAUAAAUACGUUUAUUUCUUAAGGCAGUUUACAUAAGUUUUUCUUCGCCGUAGCAUCACUUUUACAUAAAAUUCUUAUCCUAAUUUAAUUCUAACAUAGUCACAACGUUUUGCAUUUAUUAAAACAUAUUCUCUUAUUACUUAAAUAUCACCUUAGGUAACUCGUCAUUAAUUAUGAAAUCUACUCGGAAAUAUUAUUUGAACCAAACGAUUAACUUCUAUAAAUUAUAAAAUAAGCUGUUAUUUUCAGACAUUUUGUUAAUAAUUUCAUAAACUGUUUCGAGUUUGUUUGUAUCAUUACAUUAUUUUUAUUCUAAUUUAGCUAUUGGUUGAACUCAUGGACGCAGCUGGGAUCAGAACUAAGUCUUGAAAGGGGCCUUUAUUUAAUUGAAACUCCAGUUUUCUUUAUGAAAUGAUAAAUAAGUUUCAUGUAUGAAAGGUCACGACAAGCAAGAAUGUCUCGAACUGGGACAUUGGAUAGUCUACCUUGGGUACGCAAAGAAUUUAUUAGUUGAGAUCUGACAUCACGAUACUCCACGCAUGUCCAAACGACAUGAUCAAUAUCUCGAUAACCUUCGCCACAAGCACAAUGAUUAGUCUCGGAGAGCCCAAUUCGAAGGAGAUGUGCAUCUAACGUGUAGUGAUUGGACAUGAGUCUGGACAUCACACGAAUGAAAUCUCUACUCACAUCCAGUCCCCUGAACCAUGCCUUUGUCGAUAUUUUCGGAAUAAUUGAGUGCAUCCACCGACCCAGAUCUUGCCAGCUGGCAAGUGUUCUUUGGCGAGACGAGCUAUAGAAUUCGUUGAAAGCAAUUGGUCUCUCAUAAAUUUCACCCUCAAUAGCACCACGUUUGGCUAAAAUAUCGGCUCUUUCAUUGCCAGGAAUGGAGCAAUGAGCCGGGACCCAGACUAUAGUGAUUAGAUAAUUAUUGUUCAAUAUGUCGUUCAGGCACUGUUUUAUUUUGCCCAGGAAAAACGGUUCAGUCUUGCCAGUCAUGUUUGAGCGAAUGGCUUCAAUUGCACUCAGACUAUCUGUGAAGAGGAAAUAAUGGUUUGGAAUUAA